AGCAACUUUGGGAUUUCUACUUUUUUUUUUUUCUGUUGAGCGGCCUUGUCCAGGGAUGGGUUGUGGGGUGUCAAAACAAAAUGCGACGAGUUCACCUGCUGAUCGGAAAGGCAAGCCGAACACCGGACAAAUCGCAUCCCCAUCAAGCGACGUACGGCCCCUGCUAUCCUCCAUACCCGUUCCCUCCAUCAUUGCUCUAAACGAAGAAGGCCAGGCCCUUUCAAGCUCUGAUCUUGUCUACCAAGGCGGUGAUGAAGGCUCGAAAUAUACCCCAGGUGUAGAAGCCUCUUCUGACGUUCAAUGGGUCAUGCUUCCACCCGGCCAGUUACCGGAAGGCGUCAAGGAGGAAGAUGUGAAAAAGAGAUUUUGCAGUCAACCGGUUGAUCCCGUGGGGGAACGAGAGCAUGCAACUAGACCUGUGCUGAGGACGUGAGAGACCUGUGUACAUUAGAAGCUGCUAUACUUGUAGUUGACCAAGGCGGGCAUGGUACCGUCCAUCGGCGAUGUGUGGCCCACAUAUUAAUUCGAGCAUCUUAUGCCAGCGCCGAGGAUGUUUCGACCCAGGAGGCACAAACAGGCACGCCGACCACGCUCAAAUCACCUAUACGAGGAUUCUACUGGGCGAGAGAUAAUAGUGCAUAUGGUUUUGCCAUCAUUGAGGGCAUUACCCGUGAUUGUAAAAAACACUCUUUUGUAUCGGCU